AUGACGCCAAUUCCACGUGCAGCCUCUGUAGGUUCACCCUCGCGGGGCCACAACAGGCUUGAUCGUGUAGAUUGUCGCAACUCGACGGCGGCUGUCGACAAGAGGCAGUAUCAGAAACAGCGAACGCAGCGCGCCACCUAUGCCUGUGAGCGAUGUCGCCUCAAAAAGCUUCGAUGUACGGGUGGCCACCCUUGCAGCGCCUGUCGCCGAGCUGAGAUCGAGUGCGACUUUGGCGAUCGGGGAGUGGAUUGGCAGCAGAGUAUCUCCAUUACAAACCAGCGACUCUUGCAACUCGAGAAGACGGUCAUGGAGUUGGUGUCCGGUCUGAGCCAUCUGACCCAUCCACAACAAGCAGCGCUCCCGCAAUCGCCUUUCCCACAUGCAGGACAAAUGGUCUCAGCCACAUCAGCUAAUUUAGCAGAUUCCUUUCACCAUGCCACUGCAUAUGGGCGGGCAAUUAAUGUGCAUGAAGUCAACAGCCCUUCUCCCCAGAUGACACGAACUGCGGGGCCUCCAGAUUCGUUCCCCGCGCGGACCAACAUCGCGGAGCCCACUCAAAACCAAGGGCCAAGUGCGACGCCAGAACGUAUAUGUACCUCGCCGGGCCACCCUGGAGACUCAGAGGGGCUCGAUUCACGCUGGGCUGCCCUGCAGAACAACUCAGCUCCGUUCCCCCCGUUAAUGGCCCACCCCACUGUGUGGUCAGGCGAACCAGCAAAAACCAUUUCCAGCGGAGAUCCGAAUGCUCAAUUCGCUCUCGGCAUGACACACUACGAAGCCAAGGUUGACUUACAGAGCGAACCAGUUUCGGGGGGAAUUGUCGAUAAGCGGGUGGCAAGAGCGCUCUUCUCCUUGUUCUUCCAGAAAUGUCACCCAUUAUUUCCGCUAAUUGAGCCAUGCAAGGACCUGGACAGACAUUUCGAUCAUAUCCGAUCAUCAGCGCCAUUCCUCUUCACCGCAAUCCUGGCAAUUGCGGGCCGUUACUAUACCGCUUAUCGGGAGAAGCAAUCCGCCAGGUCAAAUCUGCCACCCAUCCCCGGUAACGCCCUCGCAGCGCUCGCAGACCUGGCCUGUGCGCACCUCGGAUUUGUCCUCUUGCGUAAACAACAUCAGCUGUCAGACGUGCAGGCUACAUUACUACUUUCUGUGUGGGUUCCGCGGGGAAGGGGUCAAUCCGCGGACCAGUGGAUGUUGACAGGGCUGUGUACUCGCCUGGCGUACCGUAUCGGUGUACCCGAUUCGUUUGGCUGCCCGGCCAUUAUCCGCCUCUUGAAUUCAUCUGAUAUCGACAUCAACGAUAUCGGUGAGGCGAACAGUGUCUUGCCCCAGUGGCACACUUGGUUGAUCAUUAACCAAUAUGACAUAUGGCUCAGCCUUGGAUUGGGUCGUCCCCACCCAAUGCCAGUUGUCCAACCCUCUCCCCGACAGUAUCUCACCGUUGUACGCAAGCUGGGCCCCUCAGCCCAGGUCGAUUCGGAAGCUGCGACAUACGUUACUAGCCUGACAGAACUUUCCGCCGUGGCGGCGGAUUUGGUUUCUGGUCUGCGCACAGCUCGCUUACCCCCGACACCGCGCCAAAAUACACGCCAGCCCGCUGCCACAGCAUGGUCUAAAAUCUCAUCACUUCUAUCUGACCUAAACCCGCGGUUGGAUGAGUGGCAGCGUCAAUGGACCUGGGCCGGUUCGUACGAUGCCGUCAUGCUUGGCAAGUACACCGACCUGGUCAAGAUCUACAGUGAACAUACGCGCUUAUGCUUGAACUCUCUUUCGCUUAACCUCAUUGCCGCUAAUGCUACAGCGAACUCGGAGAACAAUCUAACGAUCUCCUGUUUGGAAAAAGCUUGCGAGGCAGCCGUAGCCCUUGUGCAGUACUACGUUAGGUCUUCUGAUUCGGAGCCGAUCAUUCGAUUUGGUGGAGAUUACCUGGUUCUGAUCCUUGGCCAAGCUGCAAUGUUCCUCGUCCGAGUACUUGUCGCUCGACUCGAGCAGCCCUUGCCAGUAGACCGACGUGUCUUGGUGCAUCAUCUCAAGACUGCCAUCGAGCUCCUGGAGUCUAAUGACAUGUCCACAACCGGUAUUUGUGGCUGGGUGGCCCAACUGAGUCGCGAGCUGGCUCGCUACGCGGGACUUGCGUUUGACUCCGCUUCAGCUGAUCCGACAGAUGCCAACUUCGCAGGGCUAGAUUCAAGCCUUCCAGAAAUCGAAUGGGAUUUUGAUAUCUCCGCCUUACUAGGCCAGAACAUCCCGGCCGGAGAGACAGGCCUCGACCUCGGCCAUUGCUUCGAUUUUGCCCAGUCUUUCUUCCCUCCAUCGACGGGUCCGGAGAGCCUAUGA